AUGUUGUUCUCAGAGAUUUUUGCUGUUCUUCUUGCGUGCGCCAGUGUCGCGGCGGCAGAUUGCCGGACUCAAAGCUACCGAGGCACCGUGUACAGGGACGGCACAGCAGCCGAGUGCACCGGAAGAGCAAGCGCUGUUUGUCAGGCUGGGCAGACUCAGGAAAAGCUGCGAUACAGCUACGACGGGGACGUUUACAAUGAGGGCAACGGUUGCGCAGUUGCGGUUACUUGCUGCACGAAGUAA